GAUUUCAGUUGGUGGCUAGACUUCGAACAAUCGUCGCUCAUGUAAGUUGUUUGUCUCCGAGGAAAGCAACCUAUUUAGAGCCAAAAUGGCGAACAUGAGGUCAGGUUUUUAUUGGCCAAUCAGCACGAGCGGAACAGACGUGCACCACGUGGGGAUCCCGCGUUUGAUUGGUCGGCGCGGUGAAGUCCUUUCCGAGCUUUGAUUGGUUGCGUUCGCUUAUUCUCGCGGUAGUUGAGCCCGCGUGUCAGUGGGCAGUCUGUGUGUGGUACUGCGAGUGUUGGAGAAACUAUGCAAAGCGAUUGCGAGCGGCUGGCACGUACGAGGCAAACUUUUCACAAUCAGACAUUUUUAAACAAACAAGCAAAUAGGGAUUGGAAGAAUUUACCAACAGCGGGAAUACUGCGAACUGUGUUCACGCGAGAACCGAGUCUUAACUGAAGAAAACAUUCUCGAAGCGAUUGUAGGCGCUGCUUUUCUAGGGUUGGGAUUGAUUCCCAACCAGUGCCUAAUACUGUUCGUAUAAGGUCACGAGUGGAGGACUUCGACGUUUCCUCGGUGCAAGGAAUUAUUGCUGUAUUUACAUUCGUGGAAAAGGAUUUUAUGGAGACUAAAGGAUAACGGGGUUAAAUCGGGUAUAAGGAGCGGGAGAAGCGGUGGACGGACUGGGCUUUGUGUGUCCGCGAGUGCAGGGAGGGGUGACCGACGGGCUCUCGCUCGUCUACUCGGAUUACUGAAGAGCGCCACAUCCCUGGAUCUUCACCUCAGAAAGGAUACAUUCAGGAUGUAUCCGCAGGGCCGGCAUCCGGCACCUCACCAGCCUGGUCAGCCAGGCUUCAAAUUCACUGUAGCAGAAUCUUGUGACAGGAUCAAAGAUGAAUUCCAGUUCCUUCAAGCUCAGUACCACAGUCUUAAAGUGGAGUAUGACAAACUGGCCAAUGAGAAGACCGAGAUGCAGCGGCAUUAUGUCAUGUAUUAUGAGAUGUCCUAUGGGCUGAACAUUGAAAUGCAUAAACAGACUGAGAUUGCCAAACGGCUAAAUGCGAUUCUUGCUCAAAUCAUGCCUUUUUUGUCACAAGAGCACCAACAGCAGGUUGCACAGGCUGUUGAACGUGCUAAACAAGUGACAAUGACAGAGUUGAAUGCCAUCAUCGGGGUACGUGGACUUCCCAAUCUGCCUCUUACCCAGCAGCAGCUCCAGGCUCAACACCUUUCUCAUGCUGCCCAUGGACCCCCGGUCCAGCUGCCCCCUCACCCCUCGGCACUGCAGCCACCAGGCAUCCCUCCAGUCACGGGCUCAGGUUCAGGUCUGCUGGCGCUGGGAGCUCUGGGCAGCCAGGCGCACCUGCCAGUCAAAGACGAGAAGAACCAUCAUGACCUGGAGCACAGAGAGCGGGAAUCUAGCACGAAUAAUUCAGUAUCACCGUCAGACAGCCUGAGGGCCAGUGAGAAACACAGAGGCUCGUCUGAAUACAGUCUGGACCCGAAGAAACGCAGAGUGGAGGAGAAGGACAACAUGAGCCGAUAUGACAGUGAUGGUGACAAAAGUGAUGAUCUGGUCGUGGAUGUUUCCAACGAGGAUCCAGCCACUCCAAGGGUCAGCCCGUCUCACUCUCCUCCUGAGAAUGGACUUGAUAAGGCCAGAGCGCUGAAGAAAGAUGCCCCCAACAGCCCGGCUUCUGUGGCCUCCUCUGGGAGCACCCCCUCCUCAAAAGUGAAGGACCACCCACAUAACGACAAGUCCUCCACCCCAGGUUUAAAGUCCAACACCCCCACCCCACGCAACGACGCUCCCACCCCAGGAACCAGCAACACCCCUGGGCUCAGGCCCAUACCUGGAAAACCACUAGGCAUGGAAGCGCUGACAGCACCUGCUCUACGUACACCAUUGUCGAUUGCGUCGCCAUAUGGGGCUCCGUUCGCCAUGAUGGGUCACCACCCAGAGAUGAACGGCUCAUUGACCAGUCCGGGUGUUUACCCUGGCCUUCACAUCUCCCCUCAGAUGAGUGCCGCUGUUGCCUAUGGACGCUCACCUAUGGCGGGCUUUGAUCCUCAUCCCCACAUGCGUGCCCCUGGUCUGCCAACAAGUCUGGCCUCUAUACCUGGAGGGAAACCGGCCUACUCCUUCCACGUUAGCGCAGAUGGGCAGAUGCAACCAGUACCUUUUCCUCCAGAUGCUCUGAUUGGACCAGGCAUUCCCCGUCAUGCCCGUCAGAUCAACACACUCAGCCACGGUGAGGUGGUGUGUGCCGUAACCAUCAGCAACCCCACGCGGCACGUCUAUACUGGCGGCAAAGGCUGCGUGAAGAUCUGGGAUAUCAGUCAGCCCGGCAGCAAGAGCCCCGUCUCACAACUUGACUGUCUGAACAGGGAUAACUAUAUCCGUUCCUGUAAGCUGCUUCCGGAUGGCCGCACUUUGAUCGUUGGAGGGGAAGCCAGCACUCUGACCAUAUGGGAUUUGGCCUCUCAGACUCCCCGUAUCAAAGCCGAGCUCACCUCUUCUGCCCCGGCCUGCUAUGCGCUGGCGAUCAGCCCUGAUGCCAAGGUCUGCUUCUCCUGCUGCAGUGAUGGAAAUAUUGCUGUCUGGGACCUUCAUAACCAAACCCUUGUCAGGCAGUUCCAGGGCCACACGGAUGGUGCAAGUUGUAUAGACAUUUCCCAUGAUGGCACCAAACUGUGGACAGGUGGACUGGACAACACAGUACGGUCCUGGGACCUGAGAGAGGGACGACAACUCCAGCAGCAUGACUUUACUUCACAGAUCUUCUCUCUGGGCUACUGUCCGACGGGCGAGUGGCUGGCUGUGGGAAUGGAGAGCAGUAAUGUGGAGGUGCUUCAUCACACCAAGCCUGACAAGUACCAGCUGCACCUGCAUGAGAGCUGUGUCCUCUCCCUCAAAUUUGCCUACUGUGGUAAAUGGUUUGUGAGCACUGGGAAGGACAAUCUCUUGAAUGCCUGGAGGACUCCCUAUGGUGCCAGCAUUUUCCAGUCCAAGGAGUCGUCCUCUGUCCUGAGCUGUGACAUCUCAGCUGAUGAUAAGUACAUUGUGACAGGAUCUGGAGACAAGAAGGCCACUGUGUAUGAAGUGAUCUACUAAAUUCACUGCUUCGCCAGAUGUAAAGACCUAUGUAUGGAGUUUCUCAUUGGGCCUGAUAUUUAAUGGAUUCAAGGGAUCACUCCUCCAGUUUUUCCUCCUUUUAUAGUAGGAACCCAGGUUAGGAACUGGUCGGUCCAUUGGGAUCGGUUCCCAGAUGUUUUUAUUUUGAGCGCACCUGGAUUCUUACAGCAGUGGAGCAGUCCUCUACAGAUCCGAGCGGAAACGUGUUAAACUGUCCCAAGGACUUCCUGACGGCACUAAUGUAGUAAAUAUUGUCUUGCCUUUGCUUUCGGUCUGCUCA